ACGAGUACCGACUAUUAGUGACUAUGAGCUCCGAUGAAGUUUUCGGUUUCGGACUCUUUGACGAUAUUCCUCCGGAAGGACAGCCCCAUCCUCUGCUAAUUGACGACUUCGAGUCGGAUGAGGAUGUUGGAGUGAGAGUGAAGAACAUCUACGCGGCGACGAUCGACGAUUUCAUCAAAAUCGACUUUACCGACACGAUAUUUACAGCCCCACCUCGACUGUAGCAUGCGGUGAGCACGAACAACCUCGCGCUCGCCCGCGAUCUUCUCCAUUCGAGCAAAAAAGAACUCGACCACUUAAAUCACGGCCAUGCCAUCAUUACGUGCAAAGUCUAGCCAUGUUAACCCUGCUGCUGGAAAUAGACUUUGACUACGUGCUGAACUACAACUUCCAAAGUGAAUCUUUGAACAUCCCGCUGUCAGGACUGCUGAGCUACAUCGAGGAACCGAACGCGACCUUCUCGAAGGCUAAGCUGCAUGGUUACGGAAAAGACACAGUUGAACUGUUAAUCAGAAAUACUACAGAUGUCAAGGGUAUGCACUUUGCAUACCGGCAACGCGAUUGGGAACUGGUGGAAGUGCUGAUACGGAAUGGAGCCGAUCCCGGUAUUGAGAACCGGAAAGGAAAAACUCCGGUGAAGGAGUUAUCAGCGGUUGAUCAAGAGCUGUUUUACUUCUGGAGUUGACAGUUGUGAAGCCGAGAUAAUUUGCGUAAAUAAAGCUAUUUUUACCUGUUGA